UAGUAGCGUCCCGUUAUCUUGGUCCUCUCGAAGGACCUAGUGUUGUCUUUCAAGUAUUUAUUAUUUAUUCGCGUACAACUUCAGACUUACUGCACAUUUGCCAAUAUUUUACGUUUCACAAUAUAAUCUUUUUUCUCUUGAAGCUUCCAGAAGUACCUUGACGGUGACAAGCGUGAAUCAGUUGGCACUGUCUUUCCUUCUCGGAAGAUUUGAUGUAAGAGAUCACAGUAAGUUAUGUUUCGUAUCCCAAAAACAACAAUGCCUGUGACUACUGUAGCCACAAAAAAAGCAAAACACACACAAACUUGUUCAUACUCAUCUUAUGAAUGCACACAACCUUGUCUUGAGGGAUAUAGUUAUUGUACCAAACACAUUCUUGAGGAUUCAAGUGCUCCUUUCAAGCAAUGUGGCUUUGUGUAUAAUACUAAUGGUAGAAAAUGUCAAAAUGCUGCACCAAAAUUGGAUAGAAGAGAUAUUUCGUAUUGUACUGAGCAUACUAGAAAAGCUCAAGUAGCUCGUAUAAAAUCAACAGCAAGGCAUUCUUUACCACAGACACCUGAAAUGCUCUUACUUAAUUUGAGUCAUUAUGUUAAAAGAACAGAUUCAAGUACUGAAGAUACUGAAGAUGAAGAAGGAAAAGUUAAAACAUUAGACCCUUUUACUGAAGUUGAUGCAUACAGGGUAAAUGCAAGUGGAUGUGAUAUUCUAGAUUAUGCAAGUUCAUCUGACAGUGAUGUUGAACCUACAGUAGUAAAUGAUACAUUAAGAGGAAGUUACCUUGAUGAUAGUGAUAAUGAAAGUUUAUACAGUGCACAAGAAGAUCCUUUAAAGCAUGCUGGAAUAUUCACUGCUGAGGAGGUGAUCUACAUUGCACGAGAAAAACUUAUUAGACUGCAAUCACUUUAUAUAGAUCAGUUUAGAAGACUACAAUAUAUAUUAAGGGAGAAAAGACGAAAGUAUUUACAUGGACUUAAAAAGGAAAAAGAAACACUGUGCAGCAUACAUGAUCAGCCAAAAGAAACUACAAAAGAAAAAAAGAUUUAUGAAAAAUUAAAAGCAUUAAAUCGUUACCAUAGACGAAGCGGAGUUGAAGCUAUACUAUACAGAAAAUCAUUAGAACGUAGAGCACAGGCAACAGAGGGAUCUACACAAAAAAUACCAAGUAUAUCAAAAUGUAUUUUCACUGAAGGUGGAGUAAAGUGUGGAGAAAGAACUCUUCCAGCUGCAAAACAUUGCCGCAAACAUAUUCUUAAAGAUCAACACCAGGUUUUAUUUAAGGCUUGUGGAGCAAUUCGUGCAGAUAUAGAAUGUCAUGAACCAGUACCUGUAAUUUUUGAUACAAAUUGCGUGUUUCACAUGAAUUUACCAUCUGAAUGCAAAUUAGAAUCUAUGAAAUUUAAAGAAUCAAAACCUGAAGCAUUGGAAAUGCCAGUAACGGAUAAUCAGUCUAUGGAGAUUGAUGUAGUAGGUGAAAUUCAAGAAAUUGAUCCAGAUGAUGAUAUGGCAGGAUUAAUGAGAGAAAUGAGUGAUGCUGCACACAUGAAACCAGUAUUUAAUGAAAGCUUAAACAGUGAAGCGAGCACAGAUACAGCAUUUAGUUUAUCAGCGCAGAUGAGUGAUAGAGACGACCUUGUUUCUGUGUGACAAAAUAUGUUUCUAUGAUU